CAAAUCGUUAGGGAUAGCGUCGCCCUUUGCUUAUUCUGUCUAAUAGCUCGCAUCGUCAAUUGGAAGGUACUUCGAUAUUAAUGGCAAUGUCCUGUGCUCUAGUAUUCCUUUGUCUAUCCAUUUAUUGUUUAGUUUCAAAUUCUAUGAUAUCAUAGGAGGGACUUAUCCUUGCUGACAGUGCCAAAAUGUCGAACAAUCUAGUAUCCAAAAUAACAAGAAUGUACCAUGGUCGUGGUGAAGCAAUCGACGAGAAUGGAAGACCAAACGUUCGAUUUGAAGAUCUUCCAACAGACGUCCUGUACAGAAUUGUGUCAAAACUGCCACCAAAAGAGUUUUCAAGGACUAGAGUUCUGUCAAGUCAGUGGAGAUGCAUGUGGUCGGCGUGCCCCAGAUUGACAUUCGAUGGUGUUGCAGUGUGCAAUGGCAACAUGGCUGGUUUGCACCAACGCGCUGGGAAAUUCAUCCAUGAGGUUAAUGCAGUUCUGCAGAAACACCAUGGCAAGGUGGUUGAAACACUUGAUGUCAGAAUUGAUCUUUUUGACAGCCUACUAGUUCAACAUCUCAAUAAUUGGGUUGCUUUUGCUGUCUCAUCACGGACAAAGAACCUAACUUUGGAUCUAAGGCCCAGAUGGUUUUACUGGGUUGACAAUGAUCGAUAUGUGUUCCCUUUCGAACUUUUAGACAGUGGAAGCAUAUCACGUCUACAGCACAUGCAGCUAAGCUUUGUCUCUCUGAAACCACCUGCCCAGUUCAGAGGUUUUCCAAAUCUAAGAAAGCUUCAUAUACAAUUAUUCAAUGUCAGCAGAAAGGAUCUUGAACGUAUGCUGUCCCAUUGUUGCAAUCUUGAGUGGCUAUGGAUAGACAGAUGUGAUCUCAAUGAUGAACUAAUUGUGGAUGGCUCGUUGUCUCAUCUCCUAUACUUGCGCGUUGAGCACUGCAAAUUAACCAAGAUAAAAUUCCAUGCUGUGAAUCUAGCUACCUUUGAAUACCAAGGAGACUCUAUACCUAUUGACCUCAGCCACUCUUCGAAGCUGCAAAAUGCAUAUAUUAAGUUGAAUGAUGGAGCUUUUCAGCAUGCUCUCACAUCACUUCUCAAUUGGAUUCCAAACGUGCAAAAUCUGACACUGAAUAUUUGGUGGCUAUAUCUAGAGAAGCAGUGGAUGUGGGAUAACCCAUUGAAGUUUUCGUAUCUCAGGCACUUGCAAUUGUUCAUGUUUAUAGGUGAUAAAGAAGUUGACAAAGUUCUUUACUCAGUUUCGUUUCUGAGAGCCACACCUUCUAUUGAAAACUUGGAGGUCCAUUUUACUGGCUACAGUUUAUGGUUGGCAGAUGUGGGUCCUCGCAGACAGGACCUUGGCCGAUGUAAAUAUAACUAUUUGAAGAACAUGCGUGUUACAGGAUUUAAAGCAGCAAGAGGACAACUCGAAUUUCUUUUACAUGUUGUGGAAAAUGCGCCUGCACUGGAGGUUUUAACUGUAAAUACAACUCAAGAGGCCUCAAAGGAAUUUUGGCCAUAUGAAGGAAGUGGGCCACCCUUCGAGGAAGCUAAGCGGAUUGCUAGAACUUCACUGACUACAGCACUCCGGCAAAAUGUCAAUUUUUAUGUUAUUUAGUUAUUGUACAAUGUAGGGGGACAAGAAGUUGCCUCAGUCAAAAACUUUCAGCAAA